AUGAAUGAGAAUUAUUCAAAAUAUCAGGAUUUUACUAAUCGAUUACGUUCAAUUCAAUUAUCUACAAGAAGGAAAUCGUUAAAAAAGCCAAAUUUAGAGGAAAUACUUGGAAAACUUAAAAGUUUGCUUCGUUCUAUGGAAGAAAGUGGGGCAAAUAAUGAACAAAAAGUUUUGUGCCAUAAAGAAAUUGCUUUAAUUUAUUUAAAUUUGGGAAAUCAAUCUGAAUCGAAUGAUCAUUGGAUGAAUGCUGGCCGGUUAUAUUUUGAUAUGGCAUUUGAUAGAAAAGAAAUAAAUUGUCGAGCUGAAAAUGAAUUUCAACAUUUGAUGGAGCAAUGUUAUUUAAAUGUAGCUAAUCAAUUUAUUAAUCAAAAUAAUUUAAAAUUUGCAAGUUUUAUUUAUUCAGAAAUGGCUGAUAAAUUUUUGAAAUUAAACAAAUUAAAUAAAAGUUUUGAUUUUUUAGAUAAAGGUUUUUAA